AAACUGAUUUAGAAAAGGUUUUCAAUUCAUUUCAGAGGUAUACCUCUGAAAUGAAUUGAAAACCUUUUCUAAAUCAGUUUUCAUUGCUGAUUCAGAAAAAUAUAGUUCGAACCUUCCAUCUUGCAAUACAAGCUCAAAAAGUCAAUUUCAUCAUAGAGAACGGUUUUGGGUAUUUUUGAGGUCCUCUCAGUAAUUUGAGUUUUUCUGCAUGAAGAAAUGGCUUUUGGAGGCUCGAAAGGUGUUAUUCGUAAUCAGCUCGUUAAGCUAAAUCUGAAUAUGUAUAAUAAUGCCAAAAAAUAAUUUCACUUGAAGUUUGCAUUACGUGCAUCUUAGGAAACAAGAAAAAAGACAUCGAAAUCUUAAAAAUCAGAUUAUUGUCUGUCAUUCUUUUCAAGGUUAUCAUUCAUCGAUAUCCAGAUAUGCCACCAAAACCAAGACCUAUUGUUGUUGAACAAUGGUUACCGUAUAAACCCGCACCAAAACGUAUUGUUAAUCGUCCACUACCACGUGAAGCUCUGUUACCACCACCUCAACCUCGAAAUAUCAUUAUUGCUUAUUCGAAACCACGUGCUUUAAUUGAAGUGGAAUUAAUUCGUUUACCAGUAGUUAAAAUUGAUCCAUAUGAAUAUCAACAAAUGGCAAAUCAAAUCGAUUAUCGGUCAAUUACAAAUGCAAGAUCCGCAAAUAAUGAUCUCAAUUGGCGAAUAUAA